UUUAUCAGACGCACACGUAACGAUGGCAACAUGUCCGUGCGAUAAAGACCCUAAUGAAGAUCUAAAAGACCCCGGUGCUGCUCCUUACGGGAAUUUUAUUAACUAUUACAGUUUUAAUCCUCCAGAAAACCGCCUGAAGCUGAUUCCAGAAACGCUCCUGCGGGAUUUAGGUCACGGUGACGUGGAAGAUGAGCCCACGCUCAUCCUGGACGUGGGGUGUAACUCAGGGGAACUGAGUGUGGCCGUCUACAAGCAUCUUGUACAGAAUCCAGAGGAAAAGUCCCAGAGGAGCACAGUUCACCUUCUUGGCUUUGACUUGGAUGGAGCUCUAAUAGAGCGUGCACAGCAGACCAACCCUCUGCAAAGGAACAUCUCCUUCAUGCAGCUGGACAUCACUGAGGAAACUAAGCAGCUCCAGGACUACCUCAGUCAGCACCGGUGCUCCCACUUCCACCUGUGUCUGUGCCUGGCAGUCACCAUGUGGGUCCACUUGAACCACGGAGACUCAGGCCUCCUGCAGCUGUUGUCUCGCCUGGCCUCCAUAAGUCAGCACCUCCUGCUGGAGGCUCAGCCCUGGAAGUGUUACCGCUCCGCAGCUCGGCGCCUCAGGAAGCUGGGCCGCACCGACUUUGAGCACUUUAAGACUUUAAAAAUCCAGGGUGACAUUGCAGAACAUGCCAGGGAGCACCUGGAGAGGCACUGUGGCAUGGAGCUGAUGAGGAGCUUCGGCAGCACAACAUGGGACCGCAAGCUGCUGCUGUUCAGACGGAGACAAGCUUAAGAGACGCUUCAGGAGAGUCUGGAAAACAAAAAUUAAAUGUCUGAUGAGUUUAAUUCUAAAGAGGAUUUUCAUUUUAAUAUUAAGGACGAGGUUUUAAAUCAAACCUUUCUCAAAGCUUUACAUAGAAUACAUGAAAACCCCUGGUGUGUGUUUUCUAAAAAUUAUUAAGUAUUUUUCUUUCUAAAUUUUGAUUCUGAAAUCUGUUUAACUGCUUGUUUUUUUUAUUUAUACAAUAAAUAAAUUAUUAAGCUUUUGAAAGUUUUCCUAUAUGUAGUUAAGUGUUAUCUUUACUCUGUAGAGCCAAAGGAUGAAUGGUCUUCAACUGUGUGCCAAAACACUGAAAUCUAUGUUGUUCAGAAUAAACUACAAUAUUUUUAUAUCCUCCAAUCUUCAUUAAUUUCAAUCAUUCAUAAACCAGAUUAUGAUCCACUCAGAUUUAUUGUUUAUUUUAGGCAAGUUUAUCAAAUAACUCAAGCUGGCAAAAAAAAAAA